AUGAAAAAUAUUGGAAAUUUGGAAGUUUUUAAAUAUGAAAAAAAAGAAGGUUUAUUUUUUGUAAAUCCGCCGUACACAAAAUUUUUAAAAAAUGAUAUGCAUAAAGAAAUGAAAAUACAAGAAGAGGAUCUAGAAAUUCUUAUUAAAGAUCUUUUACUUGUAAAAAAUUGUAAAGUAGAAGAAUAUGAAAAUGGAAGAUGUACUAAAGAAGGAUUUCCUGGUAAUUGGAAAGAUUUUACAGAUUUGUGUUUAGAUCAUAGACUUCCACCAUCUUUAUGUAGCUUAAAAAUAAGUGGUAAUAAGGUUGAUUUGUGUUUUAUAAAAACAACAGAAUCUUUUUUAAAUACUUGUAUAUUUGAGGAUGAUGAUGUAUAUAGCAAUUUAUAUACAAUAUUAUCAGAAAUUAAUGCUUAUGAGAUAAUUUAUGAUGAUAAAAAUCUUGUAUUUAUAGAAAAUAUGGGUAUUAUUACUCAUCUUUACGAUAAAGCAGAGGAUUCAGUUAAAUUAAUGAAGAAAUUUCUAAAAAUAGAUUUAAUAACCAUUAAGCCUUAUUUUAGACCUAAUGUUUGUAUUAUUGAUGAUAAUACUUUAGAAGCUUUAAAUAUACACUCAUCUGAAAAAUGUGUAUUAAGUUUAUUUAAUUGUUAUACAAUUCAAGGAAAAAGACUUUUGUUACAAUUUUUUAAACAACCAUUAAAAAAUAUUGAUGAGAUUGAAGCACGUUUAGAUAUUAUUGAAGUUCUAAGAGAUAUAGAUUUUGAUAUUUUAAAAGAUUUUCCUGAUUUAUUGAAAAUAACUAAAAAAAUAACUAAAAUUUCUUUACUAGAAAUACUUAAAUUGCAUCAAGUUACACAGAAGAUUCCUAUUCUUCUAUCUAAAAUGCAAAAUCCAUUAUUAAUUAAUGAUUUUUAUACUCCGCUAAAUAACAUAAAUAUACGAAAUAUUUUAAAUGACAUAGAAGAAGUUAUAGAUGUUAAGAAUUCACAAAGGAAUAUUAUAAAAUUUAAUAAAAAAAUCUGUAAAAUUACGGAAUUAUAUUCUUCGUUAGAUGAAAUUAAUAAAAAGUGUCAAAAUGAAUACUUAAGAUUAACAAAAUUAUCCGAUAAAAUUAAAUAUACGGAAGGAGAAGAUUUUUUUAAAAUAACAAGAAUUGAAUAUAAAAAAUCAGAAUUGAUACUAAAAAAUAAUAAUGUUCUUGUUACGAGUGUAUUAAAAACGGGAGUAAAUUUUACGACUAAAAGAAUGUCAGAGUUAAGUUUAGAAAGAAAUAAUAUAAAAGAAUGUAUUAAUAAAGAAACAAGUAAAAUAGUAAAUGAUUUACGAAAUAAAAUACAAAAAUAUAUAAAUGAAUUUGAAAUAUUUAAUUAUAUUGUUGCACUAAUAGAUGUAUUUAGUGCAAUAGGAAGAAAAAGUAGGGAUAUUGGAUAUACUAGACCUAAAUUUAUAAAUUACAGUAAGGAGAUUAAUGAAGAUAAAAAUUAUUUUGAUAAUUCUUCUCAACUGGAAAUUAUUGACGGUUUUCAUCCAAUUUUAGAAGAUAAAAAUUUUAUUACAAAUUGUAUAAAAUUUGAUAAAACAAGACUAUGCAUAAUCACUGGACCUAAUAUGGGAGGUAAAAGUACAUUUCUAAAAAUGAUAGGUGUAAUAUCUGUUUUGGCACAAGUCGGUUGUUAUGUACCUGCUAAAUAUACAAUACUACCUAUAUUUGAUGGUAUUUAUAUUCGAAUAGGUGCGAAUGAUUGUACUUACAAAGGAUCAUCAACUUUUAUGGUUGAAAUGAAAGAUAUUGCUCGGAUAUGUAGAAUGUGCACUAAUAAUUCAUUAGUGCUUAUUGAUGAGUUGGGAAGAGGUACAUCUGAAAUUGAUGGAUUAAGCAUAGCCAAAGCUGUAAGAGAUUUUUUAUUUGAAAAGAAAUGUAUUACUUUAUUCGCCACACAUUUUCCUGAACUGUGUGAUGCAAAAACUUUAAAUAAAAAAGCACAAGCUAUUCAAUUAGCACUUACAUAUAAAAUAGUAGAUGGAAUAUGUGAUACAUCAUGGGGACUUAAUGUUGCAAAACUGGUUAAUUUCCCUGACUCAGUUAUAAAAGAAAUAGAAAACCAACAAAAUUAA